UUUCACAUCAGCGAAAAAUUAGCAAAAAUUUCUUUUAAGUAAUAAAACUAAAAAAAAAAAGAAAAGAGAAAUGGAAUUAAAUGAUUACAAUGGUUUUGACGAUCAUUGUAAAAGUACGGAUUUAGCGAAGAAGAAUAAUCCAACCAUGGACUCUUCUAUGGACCAGAUAAUGCAACGCAAAGAUCAAGAGUUUAUAGACCACAGUCUAUUAGCCCCGGAAUAUAUGCGCGGCGGCGAUCCGAACAACUUCAUUAUAGAUUUGAUAAAUUUUCCAAAAACGGUCAAUACGCCAGGCAAUACCACCGAUGCUCUAUCAUCUGAUCUCCAUUUCACCAGUGCUUUGUUUGCAGAGAAUGCAGAACAUAAUGCCUCAGAUGAUCUUCGUAAGUCUACUAGUCUUUGUAUUCCACUACACGGCGAUUUCCUUAUGCCGGUUCAUAAGACUUUCAAUACGUCAGUAACCUCGGUAGAGACUGUUGAAGAGAAUGGUGUUAAAGUAGUUCAACAAUUGUUGCUUACUGAGCCGAAUGAGACGGCGACUUUGGAUGACACAUCAAUCGAUCUCGACUGUGAUAUGACACGUUUUAAUUCACGGAAAGUAUUGCCUCAUAAGAAACGUAUAUCUCGCAAAUUGAAAAUAGUGCAAGACGACUCGGACUUACAGUUAAAUGUACCCUUAGAGACGCAUAAAUUGGCGCCAGUACAGCAAUUGGUAGUGCUAUUCCGCUGUGAGCUAUGUGGUCACGGCGCGUGUUCACAGUUAGAGUUUUUCAAUCAUCUGAAGCAACACUACGAGCCCUCUACACCGGAUACUAUAUUGGCGGUCAUGAAAACAUCUUUAGACGCUUUGGGACCAGAAAAAACAGACGAAGUCACCAAUUUGUGCUCUUUAAAUAAAAAGACUGAUGAUUUGGAUCAAGUAUUUCCAGACGUUCAUUUUCCAUUCGGAAAUUUCCAACAGAACGACGAAGUGGACGCAGUAAGAGUAGUCAUGGCUCCACCUCAAUUGCCUCACAACCAACACAAUCAUCAUUAUCAACACGAUCAUCCGCAUACGCAAGGUGCAGAACAGGUCGUGGAAGGAAAUAUAGAUGCACCUUCGAAUAGUAUGUCACACGGCCAGACGUCUACUCAAGCAUCCGCACAGGCUUUAGCAUCCGAAGAAUUUAGUGAUACUGAAGAUAUGCUGGAGGGCAUAAGGGAUAAAGUAUUUGUUGAAGAUACCUGCGACACGAUAGAUCUUAUGACUCCAACCCCUAAUGGCACCAGACCACAUUGGUUUAGCAAUACCGGUUUUGGUGCUAUAGAGUUGAAAGCCAAACCAUUUUGUGAUGUUCUAUUCUCUAAUCAGUUUCCUAACAUCUUACCUAACGACGGUAAUCCGUCCGAAGACUUAGCCUCUGAAGAAGAUGCUGAGGUUAUGAAAUUGACGAAUAAACCCGUCAUAGCUACAGAAGAACAUUCUCCACCCCUGGCAACAUCGAUUUCUGCAACUCUUUCUAAAAAUAGCAAAGACUUACCGUUACGUUUAUGCAGCGGUAAUCAAAUCAUAGAAAAUACUGGACUAUUAAUCACUCAGCCAAAUAAUUGCGAACAAAAACAAGAACAAGAACUUAAUAUAUCUCUGGAUUCAGAGGAAAACUUUGGAGUCCCUGCACCCCCUGUACCGAAUACUAUUGAGGAGACUGAAAUAGGCGAAGAGUUUAUACAAGAAAAGCCUCAUAUAUCGGAAGAAAAUGUACAUCCCUUUUACUCGCAGUCUCGAAGAAAAUGGAUGGAAGAUGACCAUAAACGUUAUGUUUGCUAUAAAUGUAAACGCAUUUUCAAUUCGUGUAAUGCUCUCAAAUACCAUGAUCAAACGCAUACCGGGCUUAGACCUUAUCAAUGUGAUAUUUGUGGAAAAUCAUUUUUCGCCGUUGGGGCCUUGAAAGCUCAUACACGCACCCAUACAGGAGAUAAGCCGUACCACUGCCAACAUUGCGACAAAAAAUUCCGGCAGUGGGGAGAUCUCAAAUACCAUACAGUAUCUAUACACAGCGACGAGAAGAAUCAUCAAUGCGAGUUCUGUGGCAAAUCGUUUGCCCGUAAAUAUUCGUUAGAUCUUCAUCGUCGCAUACACACAAGCGAACGUAACUAUAAAUGUGAAACCUGUGGUAAAGGCUUUCGCGCCAGUCAUUAUUUGCUAGAGCAUCGUAAAAUUCACACAGGUGAAAAACCAUAUCAAUGCAAAAUUUGCUCGAAACGUUUUCGUAUUUGUCAAGACCUGAGACGCCACGAACGAAUGCAUGAACGAAGAAAAUUGAAAGAAGCCGCCAAGAAGGAACAACAGGAUGCCGCAGUUGCUACACAAAUUACGUCAUAGUCAGCAUUUUUCGUUAAGCACAGAAAAAGGGAGAAAGGGAGAGAGCUUAAGAUAUGGACUUUAAAUGAGAAUUCGAAUAAGAUGACCGAAAUUUCAAGGAAAAUAUGAGUAUACAUGGAGGUUGUAACGUUUCUUUUG